UCGUGUUCAUUUUUCUCUUCCUCGGUUCUGCCUUCUGCGCCCGGGAAACGAAAAAAAAAAAGGCCACAUCGUGUUCAUGUUUUGACUAGGAUAUUGGAGAUGGCCUCAAAAUCUAGAAAGUGAAGAAACCCACGAUUGGAGUUGGAGCUGAAGGAGCAAAUACGGAAACAGCUAAACGAGGGAAAAGAGUCCGUUAACGAUCUUCAACAUGUUUUAGUUGGCUUUAUCAGUUCAACCAUGGAGGGUUCAGGCUUGGUAGCCCCUAAACGCUCCUUUGAUCCUUCCGCUACCGAUCGCCCCGAACCCAAUGCCGGCACUAUCCCCUCUUCCACUAAACGUCGCCACCAUCAUUCCUCCUCCGCCACUCCAUCAAUGAUGUUCAAACUUCCCCCUCCUCCUCUCAAGCUGUCCGCCGGAGAAACCCUUUUCCGAAUCCUCUGCCCGGCGGUAAAGACUGGCGGCGUAAUCGGCAAGGGCGGCGCAAUCAUUCGUCAAUUCCGUGAAGAAACUGGCGCUAAGAUUCGUAUCGAUGAGUCUGUCCCGGGUUGCGAUGAGCGCGUAAUUCUUAUCGUUGCAGAAACCCCAAAGAAGAGAAAAGAGAACGCAAAUGGAGAUGGGAACGAUAAUGCUGGAGACAAAGAAGAGGAAGAUUUGGGAAAUUCGAGUUCGAAUGCGAAUUCUGGCGAGGAAGAGGCUUCGCCGGCCCAACUGGCGUUGGUGAGGGUUUUUGAGAGGAUGCUGAAGGUUGAUGAAGAGAGGUUCGGAGGUUCAGCGGAGAACGACGAUGGAGAGGAGAAGGAUAAAGAGAAGACAGUGAAUGCGGGUGGUAUUGGGGCGACACAGACUCCUGUCGUCUGUAGGUUGUUGGCACCUAGUAAUCAAGUGGGUUGUGUGCUUGGGAGAGGAGGCAAGAUUGUGGAGAAGAUAAGGCAGGACAGUGGUGCGCAGGUCAGAAUUCUUCCAAAGGAUCAUAUUCCAGCAUGUGCUUCUCCUGGGGAUGAGUUGAUUCAGAUAGCAGGGAAUUUUUCAGCUGUGAAGAGAGCACUCUUGUCUGUUUCGAGUUGCCUCCAAGAUAACCCUAGGGUUGAUGCAACCAACUCUGCCUCUUCUAAGCCACUAGGGACAGUGCACCGUGGAAAUGGCAUGCCUGCACAAGUGGUGGACACAUUUCCUCAGAGGGGCUAUGUAUCUGGCCUCCAUGCCGUUGACUAUCAUUCCAGGGGCUAUUCUUUGGUUCCAGGAUCAGAGGGUAUUGGACCAAAUCACAGGAAGGUUCUAGAAGAGGAAGUGGUGUUUAGAUUGUUAUGCCAACUUGACAAGGUUGCUGGUUUGAUUGGGAAAGGUGGUGCAAUUAUACGGGCUUUGCAAAGUGAAACAGGAGCAUCAAUCAAGAUUGCUGAUGCAGCACCUGAUUCAGAUGAGCGGGCUGUCAUCAUAUCUGCAAGAGAGAAUUCAGAACAAAAGCAUUCUCCUGCACAGGAAGCUGUUAUUCGUGCCCAUGCUAGAAUUGCAGAGAUAGGAUUUGAACCAGGUGCUGCAGUUGUUGCUAGGCUUCUUGUACAUUCACAGCAGGUAGGUUGUUUAUUAGGCAAAGGAGGUAGUAUUGUUGCUGAAAUGAGAAGAACAACAGGUGCAAGUAUACGCAUUUUUUCAAAGGAACAAAUCCCAAAAAGUGGUGCACCAAAUGAUGAUGUUGUGCAGGUUAUUGGCAGCUUACAGUCUGUACAAGAUGCAUUGUUUCAUAUUACAAACCGACUUAGGGAAACCAUUUUUCCUGUUAAACCCCCUAUCCCAGGCCUUGGUACCAGUACAUAUUUAUCUCCUUCCAUGGAAGCGCCUUCACCAAUUUUUAGACCAAGACAUGAUCCUUCCUCUCCUGGACAUUACCCUUCUUCAGUUGGACUUCCUCAUGUUCUGGAUCGUCCUGCUUUUCCUUCACAGCCUGUGGAUCGGCAGCCUGCUCUCUCCCAUUUUGAUCAAGCACCUUAUCCUUACAGUAGCGAAAGACCAGGACAUGGUCCAACGUUUGAUGCACCAUCUUCUCCAAGGUCAUGGGCACCUCAGGCAGUUAGCAGUGGAAACCCUAGGGGCAUUGCUGAUAGUGGAACAAGCUUGACUUCAAGAAAUGGGCUUAUUGGAAGUGGAAGUCAAGCAGCUGUUGUGACAAGCAUGACUGUUGAGGUUAUGGUACCUCAGACAUUAUUGAUCAAUGUUUAUGGGGAGAACAAUAGUAACCUUAAUCAGAUUAGGCAGAUAUCAGGUGCUAAGGUAGUAGUGCACGACCCAAGGUCUGCGGCUACCGAUGGAGUAGUUGUUGUAUCUGGGACACCUGAUCAGACUCGGGCUGCUCAAAGUCUGAUCCAUGCAUUUAUACUUGGUGGUCAGACCACACCUUGAUUAUCUGCGCUAGGUUCGGUGCUAGAUUCUUUAACCAUCCGAGUUAGAUGCUCAAAUGACUGCAAUUGUUGUGAAUUAUAUGAAUUCUUUUGGUGAAUCUUAUACUUCGCUAUCACUCUGUUUUUAUACGAUAUUUGUUUGUAUUUAGUUUAAUUUUCUCACCUCAUUUGUCCAAAAACUAUUGUUUUGAGGAAAAAAUAUCUCUCAAUAGGCAAUUUUGACCAAAGUAUUUAAUUGGUAGUCAAACAUAAAACACGACUUUUGCCAUGUAACGAGAGUUUAAUAUUGACACAAGUGCAAUGCUAUCAAUAUCAUAUUGAACUUGUAUCA